AUGGCUGCUUGGUUUGGUCAAAGCGAGCUACGAUGGCAAUACAGGUGGUGUUUUUGGUGUCUAGUGAUGCUUUCUUUUCCAAACAAGGGUUAGAAAAUGCCCCUUUUCUUUCCAGGCCCCUCACUUCAAGCGUCAUGUCAGCCGUCAACAAGUUUACUGUACAUCAAAACGUUGCUGCUCGACCGCAGCUUUCUUGCUGUUACAUUGUGAGUGUGUUGUAAUAUCAGCGAGAAGGUGGCUCCUUGUCCAACUGCACCUGUUGAAUGGCAACGUUUCCAUCUGAAGUGCUCCAUCAAUCCCCUGACCCAUAGCCAGAGGCCGCUGUGUUGUGUUUAGGGUUCAUUUGUUAGUAAUGACCAAACUAAUCCACUAAACGGUCUGUCCGGAGAGCACUGAUCUUGACCCGCUUUCCUAUUGGCAGUAGUACAAACAGUCUUCUUACCUUCUAGGUGCUCGUAGUUUCCGCAGGGAGGCAUCGAAAGAUGCGUACAAUAAUAGUUUAGUUCAUUUAUUAUUUAAUAAUUCACAGGGCCCACACUGCUGUAGCCAAAAAUACAUUUAAAAAACUGCAUUUUCAAUACACUACGUUCAAUAACGGAAAGAAAGUAUGCAGCUUUAGGACUCAGUUCGUCAGGGUGACUUUAAGCACCGGGGAAAACUCUUUUGAAGAACUGCAUUGAUAAACUUUACCGCCAGAGAGCACGAUAACCUGGAGAUAACUUCCCUCUCAGUCAGUCGGCUUGUGCUACGAGCCCACGGUUCCCUUAUCAGCACUCGGAAUGUACCACUGCGGUGCAAUUUUUUUUUGGACAUGACCAGAAGAGGCUGUCCUUUAUGCGUGCUUUGCUUUAUUUAUAUACUUUUUUUUUUUUUUAAAACAAGCUCACCGUUUUGUAUUUCGGACCAAUGAGCGUUCCCCAUACCCCGUGCAGUUGGCCGCUGGAACUGAAGCAGAACAGGAAGCUUGUUUUUUGUGUGGUUAGCCGAGCGUUGCAAUGCACCCGGCUGCAUACAGGAAGUGUGUUUCACUCGUUGGUCUUCAGUCGGAAAACUUACUUUGCCUGUGAGCCAUUUCCCUCGCGCAGCAAGAAAUCGGUCUAAAAAUGGCCCAGGGGAAGGACCAAUCCUUCGCCAGCCGCCUUUUCCACAGAUGUCGUAAGAGUAGCCAAGAGCAGAGGGUCCAAGAGAGUGAGGUGCCUCAUGUAUCCGAGUACACCAUCAUGUGGGAUAAGUGCAUGAAAGAGUUCUUAGCUAAAGCCAAAGAAGACUUUUUAAGAAAAUGGGAGUGUCCACCACAGAGCACAACUGGCCUGGAUGACUUCGACAGGUUCAAGACGCUCGGCACUGGUUCAUUCGGGCGAGUUAUGCUUGUGAAACAUAAAGAAUCUAAUCAGUUCUACGCCAUGAAGAUCUUGGAUAAACAAAAAGUAGUGAAGUUGAAGCAGAUAGAACACACACUAAAUGAGAAGAGGAUACUACAGGCCGUCUCCUUCCCCUUCCUCGUCAGAUUGGAAUACUCUUUCAAGGACAACUCCAACCUUUACAUGGUGAUGGAAUAUGUGCCCGGUGGAGAGAUGUUCUCACACCUCAGGCGUAUUGGAAGAUUCAGUGAACACCAUGCAAGAUUUUACGCAGCUCAGAUAGUGCUCACCUUUGAGUACCUUCACUCUCUAGACCUCAUCUACAGAGACCUGAAGCCUGAAAACCUGCUCAUAGAUCAACAUGGUUAUAUCCAGGUCACAGACUUUGGCUUUGCCAAAAGAGUUAAAGGCAGGACCUGGACAUUGUGUGGAACUCCUGAGUACCUGGCUCCAGAGAUCAUCCUCAGCAAGGGCUACAACAAAGCUGUGGACUGGUGGGCUCUUGGAGUUCUCAUCUAUGAAAUGGCUGCUGGCUACCCUCCCUUUUUUGCCGAUCAGCCUAUCCAGAUCUACGAAAAGAUUGUGUCCGGCAAGGUACGAUUUCCGUCUCACUUUAGCUCCGACCUGAAGGAUCUGCUGAGAAACCUGCUGCAGGUAGACCUGACAAAGAGGUUUGGCAACCUGAAGAAUGGUGUGAAUGACAUAAAAAACCACAAGUGGUUCUCCCAAACAGACUGGAUUGCCAUCUAUGAGAGAAAGGUUGAAGCCCCCUUCUUGCCAAAGUGCAGAGGUCCAGGAGACACGAGCAACUUUGACGAUUACGAAGAGGAAGACAUCCGUGUGUCACAAACAGAAAAGUGUGCAAAAGAGUUUGCGGAGUUCUAGUAGAUGGGCAAGAGUCCCGUCAGGGCUCACAAGUUUUGGGAUAUUUGCACUCUCCUGAGGGUUAAGGUGGAACUGAGGCCAUCGCGUGUUCAAAACAAAUGCCUCGUUCCGUCAUUCCACACAGCAUAAUGAGGUCCUUCUUGCCAUGAUCCUGCGUGCAGUUAGCACUCUCCUAUACACAGGCACAUUAUGCAGACACCCCUUGUGCUGCAACACAAAAAAUACUAGACCACGUUCUCAUCCGUCUUUCUUUUUUUUUUUUUUUUUUGCCGCUUCCUUCUCAUUUGAAAUCAAAUAGUUAUUUGAAAAGCAACUAAUCUCAUGCCCAUUUUGGGCAGGGUAAGUGAAUGAUUGUAUUAGCUUGUAUUGCACAUGUUGUGAUUCAAGCUUUGGGAAAAUAGAAGGGAUUUUUUUGGUUUGCAUUUCUGACAUUGAGUCUUGCCAUUUUUAUGUUGUCUGUUAUAGGGUUCAGUUUAUUAUUCCUCGAUCAUGAAGACUUUAACAUGAACCGCUAUUCGUCAUUCUGGUGUCCUUAAGACCCAGAACCAUUUAUACAUAUAGAUUUAUACACAUAUAUGAGACAUACGAUAUUCAAACACUUUGUGUUGUUAAAGCAUGACCAAAUUUCCAACAAAGAAACUGGUGCUUAGUGAAAUAAUAGCAACACUGAUUUCUUUAGCACUCAGUUCUUGAAUAGAUAAAUUGACAAGAGUUCUUAUGGAGCAGAAACUUGUCAGUGCUGUAUUUAGUCAAUUGUAGCAUUGUUUCAUCCAUAUCUGGUCACAUUUCACACUGGAACUAAAUGUACGGAAUGAGAGGAUAUAUUUUUCAGGUACAACUCGCCAGGAGGGACCCCCAAAGGGGUCCUCUGUUUUUGGUACGUCCAGUGUAUGACGUUUGACAUGUUAUAAUUGCUGGAAGAUCCGUUUGUUAGAUUAUCUCGAGAGUAUGUUGCUAUGGAUGGGAAGCUGUGUUGGUCACAUGGGCGUAUUUUGUCCCGUCCUGGGUUCCUCUCCGAUUUUGUUUGUAAAUUGUGCUUACACAGCACUCUGAGAAGACAUUGUGCAACUGCCAUGUUAUUUUUUUUUUUUUU